AUGAUAAUAGACGGAGAAAGCAUUCACCCUGCCCAAAACACCUGCCAUCAGCCCAAAUAUGAAAUACACAACGCCAAGGAUCGCCCUGAUCUAUGGGGCACUAUCGAGCAUCCAGACCACCCACUGAACACCGUCUGGCCUGUCUUCAUAGACCAAGACGAGACAUUCACCACAUACAACCCGCAGCUGACCCAGCACGAAGAACUAGCCCGAUACCAGUUUAUGAUAACGGAGACAGCCCUAGACAACAGCGUGUCCGUUGUGGCAUACGGGCAAUCCGUUCCGUUCUUUUGGCCGGAAGUCAAGCAAGCCGACGAUAACCAGCCCGACAGGGAGCAUCCAGUCGGAUACAACUGCCACAGUAUCCUCGAGACCCUCCCUGAUGGUGGCUUCGACACGAUUCUGUCGCGAGGCGUGCGCCAAUACCUGACCCGUCAUGGUCUCCCAGGCGGAUCUGUAUCUUUGACGAAGGACCAGAAACGCGACACGCCGGUGUGCAGGCGCGCAGAUGACCCUAAUGCUCUAUCCGCCAUAGCCAUCGCCGUGGUGCCAAGCCGGCGACGCAAAGGAUUAGCAGAAGCAUUGCUAGAAACGAUGAAAGCGACCGCGCGACAAGAGAAUCUGCGCCUGUUGGUCGCUCCGUUACGACCGACUCGGAAAGCCGACCACCCGCUUGUCCCGAUGGAGGAAUAUAUAAAGUGGCCGAACCAGGUCAAGUCGAGUGCGUCAUCUCCCCACCAUGUCCCCUUUGAUCCAUGGCUGCGAAAACAUCUUCGCUUCGGAGGGAAGAUCGUGAAAGUUGCGCCGCGAAGUAUGACGGUGCAGGGUAGUCGGGAGGAUUGGAGACAGUGGACUGGUGUCGACUUUUCGACGCGGAGAGGUGUGUAUGUGGAGCCAAAUGUUUGGAUAUUCCAUGAUCUGAACUCUUAA